GCUGAUUGUCUUACAGGAUGCUAGAAGCAUAGGGACCCUAUUCAGACCAUGCUCCAAAAAAAAGUAAGGGGUCUAAGACCACCACCCCAAGACCCUGGACAACUACACCCCUGACUAUACGACAACCCACGAGGAGCAAACUCCGGAAAGUUGUUGCUUUACCCUUUCCUCGCGUGUUGUACAACAAGCAGUAUUUAAGGGCGUCCACUAUUUUGUUUCCUUUCCAGCGAGGUCUUGCUGUGCUCUCAGAAGGCUGAGAGAGAGCUGCUUAAAAAAAACAAAAAACUUCCCCUUUGCCUUCCACCUUAAGAGUGUCCUGGGACUCGAGAAAAAGUUGAGCGCGGUUUUUUGGGGAGGGGGCUGGUUCUCACUGGGAGAAAAACACCGUUCACCAGGAAACGAGUAAGCUAGACAGUGAUCGUCGUAGUAACGCUAGUUUCGUAGCUAAACAGGAACAGGCGUGUAGGAUGCUAAGAAGAAAAGGGGAAGGACCUCAGGCUGAGCCCUUUGUCCGCCUGACAUUAUCCAGCAUGAAAAAAGCGUGAAAAAUCCGGCGUGGGGAAAAAAAGGACACGGGCUUAAUCGUUUCGGGUCGAACAAGAAGCCGGUCGCAGGACGCACAUUUGGAACUGGUGAGAGGCUGGGAUCGCUGUGCAACUGCCAAGGAAAACCUGCCUACCUCUGCAGCUUCAAAGAAGAAAGGAAGACUGGUUGUCACUCAUGCCAUCACUCUCGUCAUGGGCAGCAUGGUGACUGAAAUAUAUGAAGUCUGCUCAUACGGCAUUUCUUCCAUUGCCUAGCAUGUCAAUGCAGGAAAAGAGGAGGAGAGUUUCUGCCAUGCCAGCAGGAAUCUUCCGGGUGUGCCUGGUGGUGAUCACGGCCAUAGUCAACCAUCCACUCCUCUUCCCAAAGGAGAAUGUCACCGUCCUUGAAGACACUCAGGAAGUCCUCCAGAAGAUGAAAGAGCGGGAGGAGAACCUGAGGCUGGAGGAGUAUAAACUGGAGCAGGAGAUUGCAAUGCAGGAGGCUUUAACAAAGUCUUCAGAAAAGGCCAUAGGGACAGAAGAGCAAUACAACCAGGAUCCCCUCUCUUGGAAUUUCUGGACUGCUUUGUCCAUGGUGGUUUUCCUUCUGAUAGAGUUUUGGCGGCAGGACUACCAGGAAGGGAACUGGCAAGACUAUGCCAAUGAGGAAGAUGAAAUUAGUGUUCUGGGGAAAGCAUUCAAGGGAGUCAUCCUACCAGACAAGGCCACAUUGGCCAAUUUCUAUGAAAGAUGCCUCCAGACUGUGACCGGUGAUAUUGCCAGGAACCGAGAGCUUGUGGAAGGUUUUGCAGAUGACUUAUUAGAAGCCCUGAGAAGUGUGUGUAACCGGGAUGCAGACAUGGAAGUGGAGGAAUCCAUAGGAAUUGGGAGCAUGUAUGAGAACUGGAGAGCUCACAAGCCCUUAGCUUGUGACUUCAUUGUCCCUUUUACUCCUCCAGAGCCAUAUUGUUUCCAGUUAGAAAGCUGGUGUUCAGGAGAAACUGUCCCACCAGACAAACAAGGAUACGGGAUGAUACAGAUCUGCCGGGUGGAUGAGAACUCAGUAGGCUGUAUCUGUGACAAGACUAAGCUGGGGGAAGACUUGUUGUGCCUCCUUCAUAGCAAAAUGAGCCAACCUAGUCAGAACCACCAUGUGGAGGACCUCCUUUGCUACAAAGACACUCGAUACCUUGAUUCUGACCAGGUUAUGACAUGGUUCCAGGUUGCACUUACUAAGGCAUGGAACAAGAUUUCACACAAGUAUGAAUUCAACCUCACUUUCAAUCUCCUGGAUGCUCCCGGGGCGCUAAAAAUCAAGUUUAGAUCUGGAAAGACCAUUGCCUUCAAUCUCACUCCUGUAGUACAGUAUGCUGAUUCUGAUGUAUAUUUCAUCUCCCAUUUCCCAUGCAGUAGCCCGGCAGAAGGCCACACUUCCACCAUUCAUUGGUUUCUCACAUUUGCAGUGUAUGAGAAGAGAUACAUCCAGUUUAUUUCCAAAACCCUACCUGCCAACUCCUGCCACCUCAGUUGCCUGCAGAUUCUGUCCUUCCUUCAUGGAAAGCAGUGCAACCUAACAGGCGCAAGUAGCCUUACAAACUAUCACUUAAAAACGGCGAUGCUGCAUUUGCUACAGACCCAUCCAUGUUCAGACUGGGCCUCUGCACAGUUAGAAGCCAGGCUGCAAGAUAUGCUCAAGUUUUUGGAGAAAAGCUUGCAAGAAAAGAGGCUUUACCACUUUUUCAUUGGAAACAGGAACCUGCCAGAGGAACUGGGCAUCCCUGUAGAGUUCCAAAAGGCAGAACCUCUGAACCUUUUCCGUCCCUUUGUAUUGCAACGAAGUGCCUACAGAAAGACUUUGGAUAUGUUUCAUGAGAUGCUAAAGAACACAUCCACUUUAAUAAAUGAGUAUACUAUGCAUGUUCCCAAUGGACAGGUAACCUCAUUAAAUAAGGAACCCCUGUAGCCAAAUCUCAAAGAACCACAAUAUGAGCAGGUGUCCCCCCUGGGGGAAACUGCUAUAUGCUCUGGGCUUUACAAAUGGCUCCAAAGAUUGGUAGAAUGGAGAUGUUUUUCUCGUUUUCUUCCCAAUGUUGUUGGCUGAUAUUUAUGCAGCUUUUAAUGUUUCUAACUUGUAUAUAAAGUUUGCUGUAAAUAGUGUAAGCAAAACAGAGGCAUCUAAUUUAUUCCUAUAUCUACAUUACAGUCCUCAGGAGUUUGGUAGAAUCUGUGUGAUUUUUUGUGUGUGUGUUAAGAUGGAAAUCAUGACAGCUCUGCAAAAGGGCACCUUAUUUUCCAAGGGCCAACAGCUUGACAAACUGAUCAAAAAUCCACUAUGAGGGGAAUCCUUUAAUUUUGUUCCAAACUAUUAAAGUAUGUUUUUUUCCCUAUA